AGAUUGGAAGACGACUUGAUGCAACUCAUAGACUUCAUGGCCUCCCUAGAUACAAUAUCUUGCCUCGUUGAGAGCCGACAGUUUCGAAUCAGAUUAUUGCAAUUCUUCUCGAUAUUUCCAGUAUCUGAUCAUGGCCUGUUGCGCGAGGCUCUCAAGAAGGACGAAAUCGAGAUUGCUAAGCUUUUCCGUGCCGUGGUGUUUUCAGAUGAGUAUAAACAGACUGUGGCGGAUUUACAAGGCGAAGAUGCUCAAGAUUGCGUUGAUCUGAUGCAAGAGGUAGAAUAUAUCCUUGAUCCAGGCAGAGUCACCAACCCCAUUUCAUCAGAUGCUAGACAGACGCUCUCUGAAAAUGGACGACCAUAAUACUUUCUAUCAUGAUGUUCAACGCUUAAUGAUCAAACUUUCUGAACGAUCCGAUACUAUCCCCACCUCCCUUUUCAUUAAAGGUGUAUGUCGCCAAAGCUCGCAUGCAUGUGGAGGUGGAACAUUUGCUGAUAUAUAUCGCGCCACUUAUAUGGACCAGGACGUUGCAUUGAAACGCAUUAGAGUUUUUCAGGGCGAUAUUACGGGGAAGCGUAAAGCUCAGCGACAUUUUUGUCGAGAAGCCUUAUUAUGGCAGAAGCUUCGACAUCCAUUUGUCCUACCUUUCUGCGGAAUUGACUCAGAGAGUUUCCCAUCAUAUCUUUGCAUGGUGUCGCCGUGGAUGCGACAUGGAACUAUUUUAAAUCAUCUUCACGAAUAUGGACAUGUUAAUGUCGAGCAGAAACUUUUCGAGGUGGCUCAAGGCCUGGCAUAUUUACACUCACAGCGUAUUGUUCAUGGGGAUCUUCGUGGGUCCAAUAUCCUCGUCAACGAUGAUUGGCACGCGUGUCUUGCAGAUUUCGGUCUUGCCGUUUUUGAGGAUGCAACGGCAGCGACCCCUUCUCAACAGGCUGGAUCCGUGAGAUGGAUGGCUCCGGAGCUUCAUCAUCCGCAAGCCUUUGGGUUGGACCAUUUUCGACGAACUUUUGCCAGCGAUGUGUAUUCAUUUGCUUGCGUUUGCAUCGAGCUUUUCACAGGGAAACCACCCUUUGCUCACAUUCCUCAUGACCCCGCUGUUAUGCUACGCGUCAUGGCCGAAGAACGGCCUGAACGAUCGACGGAUCCCUUCGGUAGAAUUAUGCCGGAUCGUCUUUGGGACAUAACCCAGGUGUGCUGGAGCCACAACCCGCUGGAUAGAUCAAGUAUGACCCAGGUGGUCGAGUUGAUGAUGAAUGCCAAUACUGAUUUUCAGAUGGAAAUUAUUCCGGAUUCUCCGAUGGAGGCUCUUAACUGGGAUGUAUCUUUACACAAUCCUAGCGGCUCGACCUUGGUGAGGAGACGUAAACUGGGUAGUCGAAGUGCAGCUGUCCGUCGACCUUUUGGAGUUCACAUAGGCCACAAAACAAGUCGGUCAAGUUAAAUCAAUUCCGUAGUGGUAUCACGAUUCUGUACAUACAAUGUAAGAUGAUUUGAUUCUCUCUGGGAUGGGAAGGUUAAAUCAAACCAUCCCCAAUGUUCCCCUUCCCCAGGGUUCGAAAUUCAGAUUAAUAAUACAGAAGGUACACUGCCAC